AUGAAAGGAAAGAUGUACAAACGCGUGGACCGCGAGCACAAGCGCGACUUUUUCAGCAGUAGGCAAGAUUUCUCGUCGCUCUUAGACCCGUUCCCGCAAACGUCUCAGAGCACUGCGACAACUUCGUCCAGCUCGAGUACUAGCGUCAGCUCUACUGCGACGUCUAGCAGUGCUGCGGCUACAUCGACGACGGCUAGUGAGUCCUCCACGGCGUCGACCUCGUCCACUCAGUCGACGCCCAGCUCCACGGCAGCUGUUUCUAAGUCGACCGCAGCAACGUCCUCUCAGACCUCUUCUGCAAGCGCCACCUCCGCGAGCUCGGAUUCGGUUGCUAGCACCACCACUCCCGCGACCUCCGCAUCUCCUGCCACCACUACACCCAGGUCCAGCGCGGAAGCUUCCACCUACACAUCGGCCUUUGCUACGACGUACACCUCGGAUGGUCAAACCGAAGUCGCUACCAUCACUACCACCUUAACCACUCAACCCUCCACCUCCGCGGUAGCCGAUACCGCGUCUAGCGGCUUCCUCCAGAACAAGUCGUUAUCGGUCGGCGUGAUCACCGUGUGCUCGCUCGUCGGCGUCAUCAUCAUCUUUGCCAUCGCGACAUAUGCCAUCCGCAAGCACAAGCGCAGCAAAGCGCGCGACGAGGCCAUCGAUUUCUCGCCAUUCCCGUCCUCGGAUGGGCUACUGGACCACAGGGACGUCGAACGGGACGGUGGGGCAGAUGGCGGCGGGGUUCCCGGUCCCGGGAGAAGAGCCUCGAGGAGUAGCAUCAACAGCAGUGGGAGCUUGCAGGGCGAUCCGUCGAUAGCGGGCGCGUCUAGUAAUCAGGCUGGUUUGGGGGCGCAGGGUGCCGUACGGGAUAUGUACGAGCGGGCAGGAUACCCAAAUAUGCCUGUCUUCCUCCCCGCGCCCGCCCCUGCACCGGCACCGUCCCGACCUGUCUACCCUAACCAGGCAUACCAAAACCCAAUGACGAGCCAGGUCCGCGCAUACAAUGACUACGGGCCCUACCCAUCCUACAACCCGAACGCGGCCACCUAUCAGCAGAACCCGAUCGCCAACGCGUACCCGUCCAUGCAGCAGAGCCAGCCACAGCCGAACCCGAUGAUGGCCCCUGGCCCUAGCAACCAGAGCAAUAUGAACGCACCGGUGCGACGGCCCAGUCUGAGGAAGCAAGUACCGCCUAUGCUCUUAAUCGACGUCCCUGCCACCCGCAGGGAUAUGGAUGUCCUCCCGGCGUACCCGGGACCCGCUGCUGGUGCCGUCCCAAGCCCGAUGUCGGCCAUCUCGCUUAGUGACGGGCCUGUACAACCUGCAAACGUCGUGAACGCCGCGAACCCGCUCACAACGCCCAUCGAGGAAGACUCGGGCCCGCCGGCGUGGAGGAGGAAGCAGCGCUCCUCGCUGAUGUACUCGCCCGUGCAGCUCGCGUACGCGGAGAAUUCGCAGCGCUCGAGGCAGUUGGAUCCGAGCAUUCCAAAAAUGCCGGCCGCGGGACCAGCGCCGCCGGAGGAGUUUGGGAGGUCGGUUCCCGUGACGGGUGUGGAUGAGAAGAAGUCGAUCAAGCAGCUCACUGUCCGGAACGAGUGA